CAAUUUUGGUCCUCGAAAGAUUCGUGAAUUAACAAUUUAGAUAAAAAGGGUUAAUAUUCUUCAUAAUCUGCGGUUUCCCUUAAUCUAACCAAACCAACGGCGCCCGAUAUUCAUCUCACCAUGCAACCUUACGCCCUACCUUGAACCUCCGCAAUCGGGCCGGCCUCCCUGGGAAUACGUCCUUGCCAUGGAAUCUCACGUGGACCGAAUUCUGUGGACCCAGGACCAAAUUUCCUCCCGGGUCUCCGAGCUCGCUGCCGAAAUCACCGCCGACUUCGCGGCCGCGGAGCCGCCUCCGGUCGUCGUCGCCGUGGCCACGGGGGCGUUCCUCUUCGUCGCCGACCUCGUCAGGCGGAUUCCCCUGCCAAUUGCCGUCGAUUUCGUCCGGGCCGAGUCGUACGGGUCCGGGACCGAGUCCAGUGGGGCCCCCACCAUCUCGCUCGACCUCAAGAUCAAUGUCAGGGGCAGGCACGUUAUCCUGGUUGAGGACAUUAUAGAUACAGGGAACACACUGUCAUCCCUUAUCACACACCUGCAAGCAAAGGGAGCUUCCUCUGUCUCGGUUUGUGCCUUUCUCGAUAAACCGGCGAGGAGAAAGGUUCAUUUUCAGUUGGUGGGUGAAGGAAAAUUCUACCGAGGAUUUGAGAAAUGUACAGGAAUUUGCCUUACAUUGGCAUUUUGAAGCCGGAGUACUACAGCUGAUCCCUUUUUGUAGCUUCUACAGAGAAGGAUUGGAUCUCUAUCUGAUAUGUAGGCAGGGGCGGAGCCAAGAUUUUCAUCAAGGAGGGGCAAAAAUGUUACUUGAUCUUGAGCAAAUUUCUGGUGAAGAUUCGAUCAGACGAUACCUUCCGCACAAUUUGCGAGAUUACGACCAUUAAAUCAUCCAUAGAUGUAAGUUUUAUUGGAAGAGGAAAAAUCGUAGUUCAAUGGGGAUCAUGAGUGUUCCCAUAUUAUCAUGAAACUAUUCCAUCUUAUUCUUCGGAAUUGCCUAGUAUGGAAUUGUUGGCUUGCCGGAGCUGGAGCGCCCGGAUUUUGCAAGGAGGCAUGUACGGCGGGGGCUUCUUAAUGCUCGUCUCUGGUGUUCCACCAUCCUUCACUAUUUAGGCUGCGUGUCCCCAUGUGUAAUGCCGUUCGAAAUGACGGUGCCAAAGCCAAACUCCUCGCAAUAGCCCAUUUGAUAAUGAAAUUAAAAUUAAUUUCACUCUA